UUGUUUUUUUUGAAACAUGGCGGCAUUUACAAACUGGUGAAGUUCACUUUCUUCUUCCUGCGCGGUGAAAGUGGGUCGUAAUGGCGACGGAAGAGAUCAGCGAGCCGAUGGGAAGCGGGAGGCGCAAGCUGCAGGGAGCUCUAGACGAGCUAGUCCAGCAGAGCAAAGAAGUAGAAGACAAGCAACCAACCGACUUGACGGAGGACUCUGCAAUGGAGGAGGCAGCAAAGAGCCUUGUGGAGCUGCCAAACAGCAUCAAGAUAGAAGAUCCGACUGGCGUAAAGAAAAAAAAUUUUGUGUCGCCAAAGAAGCGAAGGCGUAGAAGGAAAAAGGAGCUGAUAUCCACAUCUGAUGAAAGUGACGUUGAUACAAGAAAUGGAAUGGGAAGGCACAUACCUCACGUGAUGACGUUGUUUGACAGAAAAGUGGAUCUGGCGAGGUUUUCCGAGACCACUCCGCUGUACGUGAUGUGUAGAGAUUGGAUGAGAAACAAACCGCAGAGGAGACAGCCGCAGAUUAACACACCUGCUGCUAUAGCUGAGGCAACUGAUGAUGAUGUACAAGAUCAAAAUCCUCUUUGGUAAAGCUUACACUCGCUAUAAUAAUUUUAAUUCCCUCUACCUUCGAAUGACGCUAUUUAUUAUUAUAUACACCACAGCUUCCCCAGUCCACAGCCAUUGGUGCAAGGUGAAAGGUCAAUCAUUCCAGAACCCCUGUGUCCGCACGGGACUGCCCAGAACCUGGACACAUUUCUGGAGAAACAGGUUGCAAGUGAGAACGGACAGGAAGGAGAGGGAGAGGUACAAGACUACAAGGAACAGCAUCUUCAGAGAUGGAAGACCAUUCGUUCCAGAUGGACAGCUACAUCUCAAGCAGAGCAAGACCGCUAUAAAGACAGUUUAAAAGUUCUCAGAGACAUGUUUCAGAGAUGACAUCAUUCUUACAUCAUCAAAUAAUUGAAAAACCUCAACC